UUUUUUUUUUUUUUCUCCAGAAAGUUUCAAGUGCAGCAAAAACACGCCGCAAAAACUGGCCAAGGAGGGACCUCUGGCGGUAGGCCCCGGGCAGCCGGGCCGGGCCGCGCCGUUCCGGGUGCGCUCCGCUGCCGCCGGCUCCGGGCGAGCGGCUCCGGAGCGGCUCCGAAUCCGGAUCCGGCCGGCGGCUCUCGGCGCCGUUUCGCCGCUUGCCCCGCUCGGGCGCGGGGCUGAGCCCGUAUGGGAAACGCUCCCCGGCCACCAGGCCCCUGCUCGGGCAGUGAGGGUUAUAAUGUGUGUUAUUUUGUAAUUACCCGCGCCGAAUUAGGCGGGCUGCAAGGUGAAAUGUAACAAAAGUUGCAUUUGCAGUUUGCCUCCUGUUCGGUUCCUUCUUUCCCCGGUGCGGCGGAGUGGCAUCAGGCAGAGCGGUUUUGCUUUUUGUUUCUAGUCGUGAAGCGAGGCUUUGUAGGGAGUCCCAAAAGUCAGGUGGAAAGCGUAAAUGAAACUCGAGAGAUGCAAACUCCACUUUACAUUGUUUUAGGAAAUUGUCUGCAUUGAGACUCGUCACAGAAUUUUCGUGCCGCAAAUUUAAAGCCUCUUCAGGCGAGCGGUUCUUUUUACCAAGGAAGUUAUCUCAUUCCCAGCAGUUCAGAUGAUUAACAUCUGUAAGGGAGAAACUCAGGGAAACUAGCGGCGGAAGGCAGUAAAGCACUCUGUUUAGGUCCUGGUGGUGCCGGGUAGUCGUUUUUUCCCAGCGUGACUUCAGCGGCUUUUGGCUAUGGUCUGGUUGGUCUUCUAAUGAACGUGGCGUGCUAAUGACGGUGGCUGAAGCAGCCGUCUUAUUGGAUGGGUUUUUGUUGUCAACUGGGCAAUUGUAGCGAACUUUGUUUUUAUUUGUUGUUGAGUACAUUUCAUACAAAUUCGGUUUCAUUAUUUUUUUCUAUAUUGUUGCUUUUUAAAGUUACAGCUUUCAAGAAAACGAUAACACAAUGAAUCCUUUUCCUUUGACUUGUUCAGUUCUGUUGUGCAUCACUUGGGCUGACGUUUGUGGGUUAUUCCUUUUACUCUUCAGCUUUUUUCAUACUGCUGGCAAGUAGCAUUAUCGAAUCUAAGUGAUGGGUGUGAGGAACCAGUGAUUACGUGACACCAGAUUUAUCGAGGAAAGUGAUAGCGUGUAUGUAGCCACAGCUUAUGUUGCAUCGGUAGUAGGACUUCUCAGCGCAGUGGGAAAUACAAGGAAGGAGGCAAGGAUAAAUGCAGUAACCAGUAUUUAGGAGCUGGAAGAAAGUGCGUUAAUCGUUUAGGGACUGCAGACCUCGUGGAAGCUGGAAAGAGCAGGCAGAAGCGGAGGAGAAGGGCACAAGUCAGAGAAAAGGAGUGUGCAGAGGCAGAGUGAGUUAACUGGGCAGCUAACUUCUCUUGGUGACAAUUUGAAAUAGGUCAGGUGAUAUGCAAUGUCAGGGUUUGGUGCGUCACAGUUUUUGAGAUGUCUGCACAGGGGAAGGAAGGAGACAUACGCAGGCAAAGGCAGAAGUGUUCUCUCACCCUGUGCCUGGUUCAGGGAAUUAAGAGAAAUUCACAAAUGGGAUUUCAGAGCUGUUGUGCUUCAAGCCUUACAGUCCGAGUAGAUUACACCUCUGUUCAGGAUGGCACAGCCUGUAACAAGCAGAGGAUACACUUCCUCAGAUCGAGGUGUGGGCUCUCUGAAUGAGUUGAAAGCUGUGGGUGGUAAAUUUCAUUAGCCAAUGGGAUAGUUUUGGCAUUGGGUAAAUACUGGUACUACAGUACUCUGUGGGUAUUUGAAAGUGAUGCAGUAGCCAAAGGCUGUGUGUAACUGUAAAUGUUACACAGUUUCUACCUCUGGUACCUGUGUUGGCAGAGACCAGGUUCAGGUGGAGGCAUCGUAAACCUUCCUUAGCACUGGUGCAGGCUCGCUUUUAUCAGAGAGCACGGCCUGCAGUUUGUAUUGUGUGUGGCCAGGUUCCUUCUGUGAGGAAACAGACUUUGAGCCUACCUGCUGGGAAGCAAAACCAAACACACACAGUUCCUGGAGAACCUGGCAGGCAGAAAAGUAGCAAUAGGUAAAAUAAGAGGAAAUAAUACUAAGGGGGCAUCAUCAACAGGAAAUCUGAUCUGAUUUCUGUUACAAGUGCUAAGAAGGACAAAGAAUUCUAAGCUUAGGUCCCUCUGUGAAUGCCAUUCCCACCUAUAUAGCUCAUCUUAAAGAUAAUUUGUUUGUAAUAAAUUUCAUGAGCAACAGGCAAAAUAGUGAAAUUGACUCAAACAGCUCUUCAACACACAGAACAGAAGAAUGGCAGAACUGGUGAAAACUAGUUUUUGAAAGCUACUUGAAAAAUGAGACUUUGAAUGAAAUGUGUAAUCUGCAGAUACUUCUUUUAAUGAAACAUUAAAAGAAUUAAAACCUUAAAUAGAUAUUUUAAAAGCAAAUAUUAAAACGCGGUGGAUAGCCUCAAAGCAUUUUACCAUUUCCUGCUCUGUUCCUGUUGUGGUUGUUUUUCUUUAAGUAAAGAAUCAGGUGCAAAAAGAUGAAGGGUGAGAAAGAGACGAGUGUGUGGUGUACCCUGAUGGAGCAGAUGAUCGUGAGAAGGAAAGCCGGGCUCACCCCCUUACACCGAGUAGGAAGUACUGCUCUCUGCUCUGUACUGUAGCUGUGUGUGACCGUUGGCUUUCCUUUACUGUUGCUGUUGUUGUGAAGCUAGCUUUAAACCAAGUCUGUCUAAAACAAAAAGGGAGCUUGUGCUGUGUGAGGUAGUUCUGCGUUUGCCUUGGGCAGGGUGAUGAUUCAACCCUGGUCACUUUCCCACCCUUACACACUAAAGUAGAUAACGAUGUAUCCACUCGUCCCCUGCUGUCAGAGGUUGGUUGAUGUGUUCGCAGCUCUGGUACGUGGCAUUGUCUUCUGCUGAUCCUCCUGAUUUCCCCUGUGUGCAGGAAAACCACAUCCCUUCUGUGUCCCUUCAGCCUGUGGACGCUAUGCUAAGCAGCCUUCUCCUUGGAGAUGACCAAAAUAAUCAUCUGCAUUGUUAGGACAAAAAAAUGGUGCCCCUGUUUCCACAAACGUCUACCAGGAUUGGUGUCUCCAGCUCCAUGGGCGCUUUGAAGGCAGAGGGGAGAUUGCUGUGAUUAUCAGGACAUCACCUUCUCCCUCUUUGUCCCUUGGACCUCACCCUUCCCAGUGAUUGCUUCCACCUCCUCUGUCUCCAUGUCAUGGGUUUUACCUCUCCGAGCAAGAGCUGAUAGCCUGGGAUGGGAGCAGACACCAGCCUCCUCUCCUUGAGCAAGGCUGCUUGGCUUUCCUGGUGAGGUACUUGUACAAGUCCUCCAAAGUAAAACUAAAAACACACAGAAAUGCAUAAAACAAAUAGGCACACCAGAAAGGACAGGUUAUGCCCAUCUGGUGGUGCUGACGACUAGCUUUACUGUUAAAACCUCCUCUCUCUGCUGCCUGUUGACUUGUGUUGAAUUGGGCCCAGGGGUCAGAAAUCGUGUGUGGUGCUACCUCGUGCUUCUCAAAGGUGGCAUCUGAGACUUUCAAAAUUUGGGUAGGUGUCGAUUAAUUUUUUAAGCACUAACUGAAAGAAAAAACCCUUCUAUUAUUACUUUUUGACGUACUCAGUACAAAACUCUAUAAUUACUUCAGAAACUACUUACAAGUUUAACUGGCAUAUCCUCGCCUAUUUCUUUGGUUUAAAUCUUUAAAUAGAGAAUCUUUCACCAGGUGAAUCCAUCUCAUUUUUAGUGCUCUUAUUCUCGUUAAGUGUCAGCUCUGUGAAGUACUCAUUUAUUGCUGAACCAAUUGGUAAAAACAAAGGUUUUUCUAAUCUUAUUUCAUAUGCAUGCUUAGUUUAACGAAUUUACUGUAUAUGUCUAAAUCAACGUUUGUGCUAAAAUAUUAAAAUGCAGCACACUCCGCUAUAGACGUUGCAUCUUACAGCUGUGAAGACUGAAACACAGUUGCAUCCCUAAUAGUGGAUUUUAGAGAUGUUUUUGGAAGGUGACUGUUUCAAGUUCUUACUGUGAUGGCCUUACCUUCACAUCAGAUGGCACUCAGUGACAGGCGUCAGAACAGAACUGUAGUUGCUUGGCCCCAUAUCCAUCUAGCAUUUUUACUACUUUCUGGAAGUGUUGGAAAACACUUUUCAUAUCUGGAAAUGAUAGCAAAUGAAAUUAUUAUGGAAGGAGUUAUACUAGUUCAAAGAGCUACAUCAGAGCUUUAAAAAUGAAAAUGAGUAGAUAAGACAUUCAGUAGUUUUCUUUCUCCUGUGAUUUAGAUGUAUAUAUUGCAAUGAUUUUGUCCUUUUUUUAGUUUCACAUUGCUGUAAUAAUGUAAUAGGUCUUUUUCUCCCUUCUUAUUAUCGUUAGUAGAGGGAUGUAGACUGAUCUUUUAUCUGUUCAAACUCUGGAAAGCUGGAAACAGAUGUUUUGUUAAAUGUAAUUCCUUUUGGUAAAUUUAUUUCUAUCUGCAUCGCCCUGUGACCUUUUCAUCCCCAACAAGAACAUUUCUGAAAGCUGCAGAAAAGGACCAUUAUGUGAAAGUACAAGUUGUACCUUUGAUUUUAAUUUUAAGAGGAAAACAAUAAUGAAUACCUUAUCAAACAAUAGAAUACAUCCUUAUUGUUGAUUGUUACCAUUUGUGUGUUCUCUUAAGAUAAAUAUGCCCUGUACCUUUCUAUUACCAAGAUUUUACUUUGACUUUUUCAGGCAGUUUUACAUCCUGCAUCAGCAGGCUAGGCUGCAAGGCUUUUUCCCUGUCUUUUUUUUUUUUUUUUUUUCCAAUUGAUUCUAUUACAAAGCGUGUCUGUAACAUGAGUGGCACCAUCAGAGAUGCCAGGACAUGAUGCAGCGGCUCACUGUUGCUCCUCUCUUCAGGAGAGCCACUGCUGCAAGGAAACAGCUCCCCACCAACUCCCAAGCCUCUUCCCAUUUUUCAUUAUUCCUUCUGCAGAAACCUUUGGAACAUAUUUGCCAUAGUAAGUCAUGGAGGGGUUGAGUGCAGUGUCCGCUAAAUAGGAUGUUGAAAACUUCUGGAAGACCUGAGUUUACUUCUGCUUGGUUUGCAUCUUCUUCUGUUAUCUUGCAUGCAUCAUGAAUGAAUCUGCCGCUAGUGGAAAUGGUCAAGAGUUUGAUGUAUUUAGUGCUAUGGACUGGAAGGAUGGCAUAGGUACUUUGCCGGGAAGUGACUUAAAGUUUAGAGUGAAUGAAUUCGGAGCCCUGGAGGUGAUUACGGAUGAAACUGAGAUGGAAAGUGUUAAAAAGGCCACUGCUACCACAACUUGGAUGGUUCCAACUGCUCAAGAAGCGUUUUCAGAAAAGACAGGGAUCCCCACAAAGUUGAAGGAAACUGCAAAAAUGGAUGGACUUGUUUUCUGUGAAAACUGUUAUCGCUAUGGUACCAUGGAAGAAUUUGCUCCUGAAGGAAAAUUUUGCAGCCAGAAAUGUGCCCAGCAAGUGAAAAACAAAGAACCAAAGGAGGAAAAGCCCAACGUGGAAUGCAAUGGGGAAGAUGAUUCCAAAGGCAUUCGGAAAAGAAAAGCAAAAUUACCUCUCAAAGAAGAGUCCAGGGAUAAUGGGGAGAAGAAAGAGAAUCCCAAUGAAACUGAGGACAAACCUGAAGGAAGGAUCUUGAGAGUCUCACAGAGAGCCAGGAGAAAAAGAAAAGGGGAAAUAACAAUUUUGAAACAAACUGUACACGCUAAAGGAAAGCAAGCGUGGUGUUGGGCAUCCUAUCUGGAGGAAGAAAAGGCUGUUGCAGUACCUACUAAGCUUUUUAAAGAGUAUCAGUCUUUCCCAUACAACAAAAAUGGAUUCAGAGUAGGGAUGAAGCUGGAGGGUGUGGAUCCGGAGCACCAGUCAAUCUACUGUGUUCUCACAGUGGCUGAGGUUUGUGGCUACAGAAUACGACUCCAUUUUGAUGGAUACCCAGAUUGUUACGAUUUCUGGGUGAAUGCUGAUUCUUCAGACAUUCAUCCUGUUGGAUGGUGUGAAAAAACAGGUCACAAGCUUCACCCACCUAAAGGAUAUAAGGAAGAAGAAUUCAACUGGCCCUCGUAUCUAAAGGCAUGCAAGGCUCAAGCAGCUCCUAAAUCUCUGUUUGAAAACCAGAAUACCACAGUGAUUCCAUCGGGAUUUCGAGUAGGGAUGAAGCUGGAAGCCGUAGACAAAAAGAACCCUACAUUCAUUUGUGUUGCUACGGUAACAGACAUGGUGGACAAUCGUUUUCUGGUUCAUUUUGACAACUGGGAUGAGAGUUACGACUACUGGUGUGAGGCAGCUAGCCCCCAUAUUCAUCCUGUUGGAUGGUGUAAAGAGCAUAAAAGAACUCUCAUCACCCCACCAGACUAUCCACAUGCAAAGCAUUUUUCUUGGGAGAAGUAUUUGGAGGAAACCAGUUCAUUACCUGCACCUGCAAGGGCUUUUAAAGUGAAACCUUCUCAUGGCUUUCAGAAAAAUAUGAAACUUGAAGUGGUUGACAAGAGAAAUCCAGUAUUUAUCAGAGUAGCAACUAUUGUAGAUACUGAUGACUAUAGAAUAAAAGUCCAUUUUGAUGGCUGGGAUAAUAUUUAUGAUUAUUGGACUGAUGUAGAUAGCCCUGAUAUCCAUCCUGCAGGCUGGUGUACAAAAACGGGACACCCUCUUCAGCCCCCACUUAGUCCCUUGGAGUUAGUGGAAGCUUUAGAGCAUGGAGGGUGUCCCACAGCAGGAUGUAAAGGAGUUGGGCACAUUAAAAGAGCAAGACAUAUCGGCCAUCAUAGUGCAGUCAGCUGCCCUUACUCUGAGAUGAACUUGAACAAAGAAAGCCUCUUACCUGAUCGUCUGAGUGGGGAGAUGCCUGCAGCCACUCCUGUCCCAAGAAACAGAAGAGUGGAAGCAAGGGAAAGAUCCCCCUCUCCUGUAAUCAACAGUGACAGGAAAUGUCCCAGCCCAUGUCACAUAAGUGCAAAAUCUUCAGUUCAUAAUCGAUCAUCUGGGAAAACUGUAUCAGAAACAACUAAGCAGGAAGAUGGAGAAAGUACAUCUCCUUGCAAGAAGACACCCCUGUUAUGUGACGUGAAAGAAAAGAAGCCACCUAGUGGAGUACUACAGACAAAGGACUCCAUUAAGAACAAAGAGUGUGAGGAAGAGGAGACAGAAAACAAGCUGCUCAUUUCAAAUGAAAUUAAAGAUACUGAAGAACCCACCACCCAGAAGCUUCUUUCUCAACCCGUUGUUGUGUCUUCAAAACUGCAAAUCCCUGGCCUACCCUUGCGCUGGGAACAGCACAGCAAGCUCCUUCCAAGUGUAGCUGGGAUCCCAGCCAGUAAAGUUUCUAAGUGGAGUACAGAUGAGGUCUCUGAAUUUAUACGGAGUUUACCAGGCUGUGAGGAACAUGGCAAGGUGUUUAAAGAUGAGCAAAUUGAUGGAGAAGCAUUUCUGCUAAUGACCCAAUCAGACAUUGUCAAAAUAAUGAGCAUUAAACUGGGACCAGCCCUAAAAAUCUUUAAUUCCAUUCUGAUGUUCAAAGCUGCAGAGAAAAACUCACACAAUGAACUUUGAAGAUAAUGGAAAAUGUGUACAAGCCAGCUUUCUCCACUGGAGCUCAUGUUUUAUUCAAAGCACAAAGACUCACUAGAAUUGUUGAGUAAGGACUCUCAGAAAGGAAGCAAAGUAUGCUCAGCACUGGUGGACUAUUUAUAUUCUCCUAGAGCCAGUACACAUCUGAAUCCUUCUGGGAAGUGCUCAAGCUUUUAAGAAGGUACUGUGUAACAACUGAGUCAGCUAGUCGUAUUUACCAAACUAAUGGCGCUAAUUCUCCAUGGAUGGUUAGGAUCCUUAACUCUCUCUGGACAUCAAGAAAACCUUCAUUGAUUAUUUAUGCUGUAUUAUAUAAGGGAACGUUAAUAUUUUCUAAGAAUCCUUGAAUUCUACUUCAUGUACCCAUUUUACUUUUCAGUAGCAUUUACUCCGUACUAUCAAAAUAAAAAAUGAUUAGCCAAAAAUUAGGCUACAGGUAGCCAGAUGAGACUGUUAUGGCUAAUAAGAUUUGUGCCAUAGUUUAAAAAUGAAACAGUUAAUGUUACAUAUGUGGCACUUUAUGCUACAGCAUAUGACUUUGCAGAUUAUAAAACUGUCUGUUUGCUUGUUACAAAACAAAACAAACCUUGUUGGGGUUGAAAUUAUAAUGCUUUUUUGAUAACUGAAUGUUUUUACUUUUGCACGAUUACAAAAAUGUUAUGUGAGUUUUUCCACCAGCAUCUUUAAUGUAUUUUACCAAAAGAUCAGUAUAGAGAAGGCUGCAACUGAAAAAUAAAGUUUGACUUCAUAGAAGACUUUCAUUUAUGCUGCACAACAGAGCCCCAGCCUUUUACAUGGGAGCGUGCUCCAGUCCUUCAGCACAUGAAGGAAAAUAAAUGUAUUUUGAGGUAAUACUAUUAUCAAAAAAAAAAAAAAAAAAAAAAAAAAAACUUAUUUAUUUGUGUCUGCACAUGCUAGUCUCCAGUAUACUUACCACAACAGUGGAGAAAAACAGUGUGCUAAGCUAGGACUGCUACUCCUUUAUAUUCAACAUAGGAUUGUUUUCACAAUUGGUGGGAAAAUUACUUAACCCACCAAUUUCUAGUUCAAAAGUCUGAUUUAAAAGUGAGUGAGGCAUAGGGAGAAAGCCAAAGCAUGGAGGAAAAGGCUACUUAAACACAUAUGGUGCAUAGGCAUGAACUAGGUAAAAGGCAUGGAUUUCAGCAGGUCAUUAGCAAGGCUGCAGAUUCCACUAGCAGGUACUUAAGUGAGGCAACGGUCUUUCUUGGAGGAUUAUUAUAACAAUUUGUCAGGGAAAGUUGUUGCACAUGGUAUAUAUACGUAAGAUGUAAGCCGGAUGCACUUUAAAUUGAGGAAAGCCUAGUUACCAGUAUAUUGAGGACUGUACCAGAAGUUUGCUUUUGCAAGGAGAGAGAGAGAAGAAUUGGAUCAAGCUUUUGGCAGCCCUCUCCUUAGCGCUGAGGUGGGCAGUUGCUCAGUCUGUAGAGUUAUGAACAAACAUUUUUUCUGUUGCACAGAACUUGGAUAAUUUUAAAUCUUCACACAGAUUUUGCUAGGCUGUUCUUUGGCUGAAGUUCCUCAAGAUUUCAAGAACUCUUUGUGCCCCUUCCAGAUCACAUUUGGGGACUGGUACCUGCCAUAAUGUGAGGUAAAACAGGGUCAGUAUGAAGUAAGUUGCAUUGCUCUGUUAAUUUCCUUCCAUAGCAUUGCAUAAAUAAUAUUUUUACAUUUUGUUCAAUAUUUGUACAGUCAAAUUGCACUCAUUGUACUACAAUAAAUAAAACCUGAAUUGGAGCCGUCUGU